AAGGGGUGUGGAGGGGGGUGGGGGGGGGGGGAGAGAGUUGGUGCAGAGAGAAGGCACAGCCCAUUAAAGACGCCAAGAGCUGACCAUGGAGAACGUGACGGAUUACCGUUACGAUCCGGAUUACUACGAGCCUUACCCCACCGGGAUAGAGGAAUGCGAGGGCGCUUCCCUUCCCCGGGCUGAGAGCUUCCUGGCUGCCGUCUAUUGCGUGAUCUUCGCCGCCGGCUUCCUGGGCAACGGGCUGCUCCUCUCCUCCCUGGGCUUCAAGUGUCGCCUCAAGCGGCAGGUGGACGUCUUCAUCUGGAACCUGGCGCUGGCCGAUCUGGUCUUCCUGGUCACCUUGCCCCUCUGGGUGGACGCGGAGGCCGGGGGCAAGAGGUGGAGGAGCGGGCUCGCCCUCUGCCGGCUCAGCGGCUACGCGGUGGCGGUGAACGCUUACUCCAGCGUGCUGUUCCUCAGCUGCAUGAGCCUGGACCGUUACCUGGCCAUCGUGUACCCACUGCGGGCCCGCAGGUUCCGCUCCAAAGCCUACGCGGCGCUGGCCUGCCUCUCGGUGUGGCUCACCUCGCUCCUGUUGGGGCUGCCCGUCCUUCGCAACCGAGUCCUUCACCUCCGAGAGGAGGGGUCGUACUGCGGCGAGGACCCGGCCCUCGUCACUCCCGGGGUCUCCCUGGCCUACCUGCUGUUCACCUUCCUGCUGCCCAUGCUCGUCAUCCUGAUCUGCUACUGUUCCAUCACCAGGAAGUUGUGCCUGCAGUACAGGAGGGGCAAGAGGCAGGACGUCAAGCUGAGGAAGUCGCUGCGGGUGGUCUUCAUGGUGGUCCUGGUUUUCCUGGUCUCCUGGCUGCCCUUCAACGUGUUCCGCUGCCUGGCCUUGAUCCACCGCUGGGGGGCGCCUUUUGAGUCGUGCGGCUUCCAGACGGUGGUGGGACUGGGGCAGGAAGCCAGCGCCCCCUUGGCUUUCGCCAAUAGCUGCGUCAACCCGUUCAUCUACUGGGUGUGCGACAGCUCCAUCCGGAAAGCCUUGCUGAGGCUCCUCCUGCCCUGCCUCAAGCCCUUCCACCUCAGCCGCCUCUCCAUCGCCUCGGAAAGCCAGCCCAGCCGAUCCAGCAGCGUCACCACCGACCACUCCAAUCAAAGGGCCAGGUCGGCCCCAGCCGUGGUUCAGCUCGCCACUUGGGCUACCCACGUCGAACCUUGAG